CACACCAGUUCAGUUAUAAAGAACGUGUACACUUUUUGAAAUGCAGCCAGUUCAGCUACGAACAACAAACCUUAGAUGUCUGAAUAUUUUUGCAACCAGCUGUGCCACCAGAAUUGAAGAAAGAAAGGAAAGUGACCGACUGCAGCUUUUGAUUUCAACUGAUUGAAAUCUGUUGCCAGUGGUUUUCAUUGUGCAUAGGCCUUAAACAACGCUAUCCGCUCCAUUCUUGCUUGAUUCUCUCUCUCUCUCUCUCUUUUUCUCUCUCUCUCUCUCUGGUACAGCGGAUAUUCGUAUGAACGUACCUUCAUCGCAAAUGUCAGAAGUGUGAAUUUUGUUUCGUGUACAAACAAUGACGCUAAAUCAACUCGAUUAAUCUAGCUUAAAUAAAUUUGAAAUACAUAGUGUUAAUUCUAAUGAUUGUCGAUGUCGAUCAAAAGCGGCCAACAGCUGUUGUGUCAAUUGUUGUAUUUAUUAUCACGCGCUAUAAAUUAAGCGGAACCAAUUAUACUUCUCAACUUUUUAAUAUCUAGAAUGUUUUUCACCGAUUCUCUCCCACAAUUAAUUCAGUUGACCUAAAACGUCUACACAUGCCUAUUAACUAAUGGGGAACGAAAAAAGUGCCCUACGUGGGCUCGAAAUUGAAGAUAAAGCUGUUGAAGUUACAGACUACUGGAUGCAUUAUAAUGCGAGUGUACAUGAUUCAAGUCUGCAAAAACUGUCGAUAUUUAUCAGUGAACCAUCCUUGCAUUUUACCGCGACAUUUGGGAGACCUUCACCGUUAGAACGAGCAGCGAAGAAUUUCAUGUUAUACCGACAUCCUUGUAUCUUGAAGUAUAUUUCUUCAUGGAACAAAGGUAGCAAGUUCUUCCUUGCUACAGAAGAAGUUAGACCAUUAAUUCAAGUGAUUGAAAAACAAAAUAUACUACAAAUAUGUAUUGGUUUACAUAGUAUCCUGCGAGCUUUAAUAUUCUUACAUGAGACAGCAUUGGCAUCGCACAAUAAUGUAUGCAGCAGCUCUAUCUAUGUUACUGCAGAAGGAUAUUGGAAAUUAGGUGGAUUAGAAUGCCUAUGUAAAUUCGCAGAUGCGACAUCGACAUACUACCAAAGAAUAAAAAGUUACAGGUAUGAGAAAGGUAUAUCACCGAAUGAAGAUAUAGCUGACUUGGCUAAGUCUGCUAAUCUUGCUGCGAUUGAUUCAUAUGCAUUUGGAAUAUUAGCGGAAGAUAUCUUGAAAAAUUUACAAGUUACAGAUGAAGCACCAAAUAUAUUGGAAUUUAGCGAAUUCUGUAAAAAAAAUCUGCAGAACAAAAAUGCAUGUUUGAGAAGUAGCAUACUAAAUGUACUGCAACAUUCUUUCUUCACUCAUGAAUUUAUAAGAAUACACGCAUUUCUAGAAGAAUUGCCACUGAAAACUGAUGUAGAAAGAGAAGAAUUUUUCACAACAUUAAGGCAGCAAUUGCAGAUGUAUCCCGAAGCUGUAGUUGCUGAACAACUUGGCAGAGUGCUUCUUUCCAGAAUGGUCUUGUUGGACAGUACUGCUCAAGUAAAACUUUUACCUUUUAUUUUUAAACCUAAAGAUGAGAUGAACGACUUGGGAACUAGUCUAUUUACAGCUUCCACCUUCAAAAGUAUUUUAGUACCAAGGCUUCUGCAGAUGUUCUGUAUUCGAGAUGUAUCUAUUCGUCUAUUGUUGUUGUCUCAUUUCAAUUCGUUCGUGCACGUAUUUGACAUAGACGAUCUGAAAAGCCACAUUCUUCCCGAAUUACUCGUCGGCAUAAAGGAUACCAACGAUGAUCUCGUUUGUGCCACAUUAAAAGCAUUGGCCGACAUCGUACCGAUCUUGGGUGCAGCGGCAGUUAUUGGUGGUAAUAGGGGGAAAUUAUUUACAGACGGUCGACCAAAUAAAAGUCAGAAUAGAAAGAUCGGUGAUAUUAGAAAGGUUCUGGCAUUAACCAAGGAGAUACAGAAUGUCUAUGUGAAUAUAGACGAGAAUAAUGUGCAUCUAUCGGAGAGACCAUCGCCGGAUGGCGGUGAAGAUAAGAGAGAAAAAGAAUUUCCAUUCGUCGAAGAGGAAUGUACCUGGUCAGAUUGGGAAGCGCAAGAGACGGUUGAGAACAACCACAGUUAUAUAGAAGCUUCUUCAGAUAUUUUGCAAGCAGAACCGCAUACCAAUACUGGUGAUGCUGACUUAUCAGAAUCGUCGUCAAAUCCAAAGAAGACAAAUUAUAGAAAGAAACUGGUAAUUUCCGACAUUACAGAGCUUGACAUAAAGAAUUCCAAAACGAUAAAAUGUUCGAAGGAAGAGUUUGAUUUUUUCACGGAUAUGGAACCUGUGAUAAAGAAGACGCAGAUUUUACAUAUUGAGAAGACGGAGUCGCCAAAAAACAUGUUCGACAUAAGAACGUCGAGUGUUACUUUAGAGGAACACGAUGACAAUGGUUGGGGAGAAGAUUUGAGCGAUUUAAGUAUAGACGAUGCUGAUGACACUACGAUAUUGUGAAUUACCCUGUACAAAAGAAUAAAAGAAACGUUUGCUUAAA